UAUCUCCCUGUUUAAUCAAUCCUUCAAGCGCAAGCUGCCUCCUCCUCGUCGUCCGGUCGUGAGAAGGGAUGGCGGGCCGUGGCAAGGCUAUCGGCGCUGGCGCCGCGAAGAAGGCAACGUCGAGGAGCUCCAAGGCCGGACUCCAGUUCCCCGUCGGCAGGAUUGCUAGGUUCCUCAAGGCGGGCAAGUACGCUGAGCGCGUCGGCGCCGGCGCCCCCGUGUACCUCGCCGCCGUCCUCGAGUACCUCGCGGCUGAGGUUCUCGAACUUGCCGGGAACGCCGCGAGGGACAACAAGAAGACCCGCAUUGUGCCGCGCCACAUCCAGCUUGCUGUGCGCAACGACGAGGAGCUGACCAAACUGUUGGGUGGUGCCACCAUCGCGAGCGGAGGUGUUAUGCCUAACAUCCAUCAGCAUCUGCUCCCCAAGAAGGCUGCCUCCUCCAAGGCCAGUGUCGACGACGACGACAACUGAGACUGCUUCCUGCAGAAAUGAUCCGACCACCGCCUUGUUUUGUAGGAAUAGGAUGAUGUUGUCUUCGAUCGGGGAGGAGUCGGGUAUGCUGGGAAGGAGAAUUAGAUUAGUAUCUGUUUUUUUGAAUGGGAUGUGAACGUGGCUGUGAAUCUCAGGAUUGUAUGCUCGUUGAGAAAGAAAUGGAAGGACUUCGUGAUGCACGAUGUUGAUGCCGCA